GCGGAGCGCGGGGGCGCAGGCGCGGCAGGAGCAGGAGGAGGAGCAGGAGCASGGACGGUGCUGCCAGGACCGGGCCCGCCGCCUGGAGCAGCCCCUUCCCGGGCCUGAGGAGCGGCUGCCAUGGGCAAGCGGGUGGCGCUGGUGCUCGCCGGCUGUGGCGUGUUCGAUGGCAGCGAGAUUCACGAGGCAUCGGCGGCGCUGGUGCACCUGAGCCGCGGCGGCGCGGAGGUGAAGAUAUUUGCCCCCAAUAUUGAGCAAAGGGAUGUAGUCAAUCACCUAAAAGGAAGUCCAGCAGAAGAGAAGAGAAAUGUGUUAGUUGAAAGUGCCAGGUUGGCAAGAGGAAACAUUCAGGAUUUGGCUGAACUGAAAGCUAGUGAAUUUGAUGCUGUCAUUUUCCCUGGUGGUUUUGGUGUAGCAAAGAAUCUGUGUUCCUGGGCUGUAGAUGGCAAGAAUUGUACUGUCAACGAGCAUGUGAACUCCACACUCCAAGCCUUCCACAGUGCUAAAAAGCCCAUUGGUUUGUGCUGUAUAUCACCAGUUUUGGCAGCCAAAGUCUUUCCUGGCUGUGAGGUUACCGUCGGUCAAGAUAAAAAUGUAGAUGGAAGAAUCCCAGAGGAACACCUUGCAUGGAGGAAAGUUGGAAAAAGUUGCAAGUUCAGCUGUCUUCUCUCUCAGACUUUUGAGAAUCAGUUGGUAUCAUAUGCACUUGGUAUUAUCUUCCAAACCUACUGAAAGAUUGUUAAAAACUGUUGUACCUUCUGACAUAUUGUGGUUCUGCAUUUCACACCUUGCUUACRAAGGUAUUAGAUCACUUGAUGUGUCCAUAGAGGAUAGGAAAAUCUGWCAGGAGCAACUUCUUUAACUCCCUUGUCAUCAUCAGCUAAAGAGUCACGUAGAURUUACUGUAGUUCUCUCAUUCAAGAUCCGUGUGCAGAAUUUUAUGGCUGUAUCA